AUGCUCUAUGCUGGGCCUGGAACCCACUUGAUCUCCUCCAUGCCAAUCAUCGUCGUCCCCGUCCUCGUCCCGCGCUUCCUCAGUAUCUACCACUGUCGAGCCACGACGCGUCGCUCACUCAAGUCGUUCACGCUCGCAGGCAUCGCCGACUGCCUCGGUCCCGCUAUCUCCGCGUUCAUGUACGCGCCCUUCGACGAGGAGACGAUGGCGUUCAUCCAGCGCACCAUCGAGAAGGAUCUCGCGGCGCACCUCAACCUGACGUCCAUACUCUACUCUGCUCUGCCCUCGCGCGCGAUCGCCAAGGUCACGCCUGCCUCCGCGAGUGCUGGUGCGGGUGCAAGCAGGGCGGUGGGCAAGGCACCGAGCUUCUGGGAGAUAUACAGAACGAAAGCGCCGAACAACGUCGCGCCGGCGUGCCUGCAUGACCCGAUGUUCGCGAUCACGGUCACGAAUGAAGCCCUGAAUGCGUUCCUUGAGAGCGGUGAUCAUCGGUCUCCCGUCUCUACACCGUCGUCUACGUUUCCUAAUUCACCGCGUCAGCAAUCGCCCUCAUCAGCACAGCAUGAAGACGAUGUUCUACGACAAGUCGCGUUUGAGGGCGCCUUGCCGCAGGCGACGAACGACAGUUCCUUCCACCCGAUCAUCUACCGCCAGGAAACCUUGCGAACACUCAUCCUCGUCAAUCGUGCGGCGAUUCUUCAUAGGGAGGCCGUCAUCGGUCGCAUCUCGUCAAAAAUCGGUGAUGCGGGUUCCAAACACAAAUUCCCGUCGAUUGUCGAUCGCCCGAUCCUGCGGGCGCAGGAGCGAUCGAAGUGGCGACCCGUGCGCAUCUUCCGCUCAACUUCAGAUGGCCGUGGCCGCCGCAUCUGCCCCGGUUCUGACUGGCUCUACACCUCCGCCAACGUCUGCGCCCCGGAGGUUAAAGGGUUCACCCCGGACGUGAGGAUCACGAACUCUUUCACAAAGACAAACGGCUGGAUGAAAACGAACGAUACGCCGUCGCUUGCUUGGGCUAGUGUUAUCAACUCAAAACGUUCAUUGUUCGCGUGCAACUACACGUCCAUACCUGUCCUCCUUCUCAACCUCAAUCUGUCUAAUCUCACGUGGACCUCACCUUGCUCCAUCACGUCGUCGCGCUGCACUGCUCGCUCUGCUUUGCUCAAGCACGAGUAUGAACACAUCGCCGAUACCAAGAGACAAGAGCAUCCGCAGGUGUUCCCUGGGUACAAGUUCCAACCGGUGAAGAAGGAGGACAAGGAGAAACGCAAGGAAGAGGAGAAGGCUGAGAAGGCGAGAGUGAAGGAGGAGCUGAAGAAGGCCAAGUCGCGUCACGUACCGUACGUUCAGCAGGAUCUCUUCGUCCCGGGGCCGCCUCCCCAGCUCCCGCAACCGCCUUUUGUGCAUCUCAACCACCCCUACCGCCCCGCGCUCUCCACCACUCUCGGCCGCCUCGUCGCCGACCUGGACGCCCAGUCCCUUGUCUGUCGCUGGCGACUUCCCGGGGAGGACGACGCGCAGGACCCUGCGCCUGUGUCGCUCACGGCCGAGCGCAUCUCGCCCCCCUGGGCCUCGAGUUCGCAGACUGUCGAGCUACCCAUGGUGGACGCGUCGUCUGCCUCAACAUCCGCUCCCGCGGAUGCUCCGAACAUCGUAACUGCGAUGGAUGUAUCGAAUGAUACUGGACCGUCGAACAUGGACCCCGACUAUAGGUUCAUGAACUCAACCCUUUUGGAGCUGAUGGGUCCGGCAUGCCUUUGUCGGACCUCUGAGGGCUGGACUGUGUCCAACCGUAGGCCCUGGACGACGGCUUCAGCGGCGCAAACGCCAAUGCUACGGGGGGAGCCAGGAGAGUACGAGCUUACGCCUGUCCAAAUGACGGAGUUCAACGUGUUCCCGCCGCCGGGCGCGAACAUCGAGGUCGGCGUCAUGACCGGGCCCCUGCGCACGCACUCGAGGAGGUCUACCUACGUGUUCGCGGAGCUGCUCGACGGGCUCGACUGGUCGACCAUGUCUGGUGGAUCGAUCUUUGGCUCCUUGCAGAGCGAGGGUGCCGACGGGGAGGCGGGAGGAAGCGGAGACGGGAUGGACAUGGAUGGGGUUGACGCGAACCCGAUGCAGGAGCUGCGACGGAGCGUUGAUCAGAACAGCCUUCGGUUUCAGGGGGCUUCAGGCCGGGUUCUUGCUGUCUCACUACUGGUGUGGUCGUCGACACCGGUGACGAUUUCACGAUGGCUUCGCUCUACUGCAUCUCACACGUUGGCUGAAUAUGGCUGGCCGGGACGUAACGCGGUAUCUGAUCAAGGUUCGGCUCAUGCGAGGUACACGGUCGAACAAGCGGGUGACUUUAAGACUGUCCGAGAGAUCCAGGAGAAGCUGUGCUAUGUCAGCUACGAUAUGUACCUCGACAUAAGACUAUCGGAGGCAACAGUCCUCGUGGACGCACUGCUGAACGGCUGA